AUGGCUGGUCCUGGCAAAUGCUUCCUGGUGACGGGUCCUCCGGGUGUGGGGAAAAGCACUCUUAUUAUGAGAGUGUUGGAGUCCCUCAGAAUCAAUCCCUCCCUCAAGCUUCAGGGAUUCUACACUCGGGAAGUAAGGCGCGCAGGCCAAAGGGUUGGUUUUGAAGUGGUCACUCUCGAUGGUCGCACUGCACCACUUGCUUCUCUCGACUUUUCAAGCCCUGAGUCUCUCAGAUGGCCUAGUGUUGGAAAGUAUAAAGUUGAUGUAGCAUCUUUCGAGUCACUAGCACUGCCCGAGUUACAGGUUAGAGAAGACACCAACCUCUUCAUCAUUGACGAAGUUGGUAAGAUGGAGUUAUUCAGUUCGUCAUUCUUCCCUGCAGUUCUAAAAGUUUUGGAGUCAAAUAUCCCAGUUUUGGCUUCCAUUCCAGUUCCAAAAUUUGGCAGGGACAUACCGGAAGUUGCAAGGUUGAGGAAUCAUGCAGGGACAACUUGUUUCACAUUGAACUUUGGUAACAGAGAUGCUGUUAGAGAACAGAUACAGUCACUGAUGGAGGAUCUGUUGAUAAAACACUAG